CCUUCCAUUAUAUCAGGUAGUUUGUUGGUCAUAGCAGUAAAUCCUGUUUCUCUGUUUUAUAGAAGCAUUAACUACAAAAAGAAGAUCGUGAAAAUUCCAAGAGGGCAUUGUUGGGUGGAAGGCGAUAAUCAUGCUCAUAGUCACGACAGCAAUUCUUUUGGACCGGUGGCUGUUGGAUUAAUUCAAGGAAAAGCAACUCGCAUUGUGUGGCCUCCAAGAAGGUGGCAAAGGCUAGAGAACAUCACGUGCGAUGAAAGACUGGAAGGAAAAUAUUCCCUAUUGGAAGAAGAAAAGGCCGGCGAACAUUUGAUCAAACCGCUAGUUGAUAAAGAGAGUGGCACUAGUACAGCAUGUAGAUCUUACAGCAUCGUGGACGAUUCUGGUUCUGUUACAGAAUUCUCAUACGACUUGAGCAGUUGACCCAUCGUGGAAACUUAAGCGAGAUUGAUUUUAGAAUUUAGAAAUAAGAAGAAUUCGAAUUUCUUACAGUU